AUGGAGGAAAGUAAGGCGAAAUUCUUUGAGUUCAAGGACAAAAUUUUAGAGUUCAUUGAUGAGAUUUCCCUCGAGUGGCCAGAUCAAAAGCAGCAACAGCAUUUUCACGAUUUGGUUGAUUAUACAAUCGCCGGCGGUAAGUGUUUAAGAGGCUUAUUGAGUGUUUUCGGCUUCUUAGAACUUACUGGUUACAGUCCAGAUUCCAAAGAGGCAGAAGCCGCUUAUGCUCUUGGCUGGGUCCAAGAAAUCCUUCAGGCUUCGUUCUUGGUUGCCGACGAUUUGAUGGACAAGUCACCACUCAGACGUGACAAGCCAUGCUGGUACUGCCUUCAAGAAAAUAAGUACACAGCAGUUUCAGAUUCAUAUUUCCUUGAAAAUGUUUUAUACAUGAUCAUUGACAAGUACUUUGCUGACUUCCCAGUUGAAGUCGUUCUCGAGAUCAAGCAUUUACUCCAUAUUACAACACUUCGUACAGCACUUGGCCAAUACAUCGAUAUGCACAAGAAAGAACCAACAAUUGAUAACUGGACAUUGACAGUUACAAACAAGACCGCUUAUUAUACCAUUUGGCAGCCAUUCUUAUCCGGAAUCGUUGCUUCCCAGAAAAUUCCAGCCGAAGUUUGGCAAUCAAAGCCAUUUGAAGACGCUCUUAUCAAGGCAGGCGUAUUGUUCCAGUGCCAGGAUGACUGGUUGGACCAGUACGGACAAGCUGCAGUCACAGGAAAAGUCGGAACUGAUAUCCAAGACGGAAAAGUCAGUUGGCUGUUCGCAAAAGCGAUGGAAGUUGGAAACGAAGAACAAAGAAAGCUCUUACUCGAAAAUGUUGGCCACCAUGAACCAGAAAAAGUUCAAAUUGUCAGAGAUAUCUACAAAGCACUUAAUAUUCAAAAGUUAUCUGAGGAAGCACAACUCGCACAGUAUAAGGAGCUCGAAACAUACUUCUCAAAGGUAGAUCCAAGGUUACCUCAGAAAACAAUCAAAUGGUUGCUCGGCUUCCUUGAAUUAAGAAAGUACUAA